AUGCCGUCGGAUGGGCAUACCACUGAUCCAUGGCUGCCAUCUAGACGCAAGAAGUCCAAAUGCUCGGGUGAACAACCUACUUGCGCGUCGUGCGCUCGUCUAGCUCGGAUAUGCUUCUACGCCAACGAGGAAGAUGAUCCCGCCCUCCCAGAAAGGCGAUUCCCGGAUGUGUCGGAUUCUGGGGUUGGUCCGCCGGGCCGUUCCGCAAAGGGAAGAGAGCCAAGAGAGCCAUUUAGUCAAGCUGCAGACCUGAGCCUCCAAGCUCGAGUAGCGAGUUUGGAGUCUGCUCUACGGGAGAUUGUCCAGUCCCCCGAGAACCAUCAGAACAGCCGUGGCCAUCCGAUCCUUGGGGACCCCUUGCGUGCUUUCCACCGUGGACAGGGCUACUCAGGCUACUUCAACGCGCCGUCAUCUACGGCUUCUUCGAAUGCGAGACAGCCAACGAGCUCUUUGGAAUUUCCCACCUUGCCUGGCCAAACCUGGGGCAUCGUUGCAGAGCUCUACCUCACGUUUUGUUGGUGCCAACCUCUACCAUUAUUCGAGCCGUCCGGCUUCAUCGCGUCCUUCUCAAGCCGACAACCUGAAGUAGUUUAUGCCGUCUCGGCAUUGGCCAUCAAACACGUGAGCCCGUCACAGGAACAGGCCGAGGACGAUGGUACAAAGUCUGCCGGGUACGCCCAAGUUGCAUACCAGCUAGUGAUGCGGCGGAUUGCCGAGGGUGAAGUGGAACUGCCGACGAUACAGGCAAUCUGCCUGCUCGCCCUAUUUGAUAUCGACGCCGGGAACACGAGUAGGUGCCGCACGCUGUGUGCCCUGGCAUCGUCUUUGUGCCACGCCGCAGGCCUCCACAGCGCCGUAGCAAAUGCAGGAUCCCUGGACGCUAGCAAGGAGCGCCACAUGUGUUUCUGGAGCGUCGUGCUAUUGUGCCGCCUGCUCGGGGAACAAGAGCAGCUCACUGCUCUGCCCGACGGUGCCCUACCUCCAUUCCCAGAUGGCUGUUACUCGCCGCCCACAAGGAUGAGGGAGGUCCAAGAUGCGCCAUCUUCGCUGGAGCCAAGUAAUAUCAUGCAAGUUCUCCUGACCUUGAGCGAGCCGUGGGCGAUGGCCAUGAGGUACAUCAGACACGUCAGAAACUCAUCGGGCCCCAAGAAGUUCCCGUGGGAAGAAGGUUCAGAAUACUCGAGGGCCACAGAGAGCCUGAUGAGCAUUGGCCGAAAAUUGCCGUUAAGCCACAGGCAGCGCAACAUCAAGCUAUCCGAAGUCAAGGCUGAAGACCUCGAGGAAAGUAGGUACUACUGGGCCCCGUGGCUCUGCACACGAUUAAUGUACCACACUAUUAUAUGCAUCCUAAAUCACCCGCUGCUCAUCACAUUGCAAAUACAAGGUGUCCAGAACGUGUCAGAGGCAUUCCUUCACCAUGCAGCCUUCUCAAUAUCUAAUCACGUAUCAUGGAUCAUCCAUUAUCUCGACUUCAUCGACGCGAGGGCGUUCCAGCUGUCUGACCUAUUGGUGACUUACUGUGCUGCCGUCGUGGCGAGUAUAGAGGCGCAAAGAGGCUUUGCUCUGGAAGGAGCCCUUGCCAUAAAAACGAAACUUAACUUUAAAAAAUGUUCAGAUUUCAUCUCGAAAAUGAACAAAUCCUCACCCUUGGCCGAGAGAAGUGAGCGCAGUCUAGCACAGCUCGUACAAGAAAUCAAUUCCCGGUCUUCCGAGUACGUAGACAGGUUCGUCUUCGAUAAUUCCAACCCGUUAGACGUCUUGGAAGCACUAUGGAGCAGGCCCGAAGCGGCUGGAGAAGCAGCAGAGUCUUCUAUUCUCGGGCCCAACCUGGUUCGCGAGCUCAAUGCACAUCGUAACAAAUCGGCCGAGGCAGGCCCAAAGCAUCUUCCGAGGAUUGAUCCUACAUCGGUCGAGAGGACCCCGCUGGACCGGGCCUCGUCGGUUCGUUCCGAGAAUACUGCUCUUGCUGAGAAUCCCUUAGGUAUUAAUACAGCCUUGAGCCAUACAGGCCUCGGUGGACUCGACCAGCCGAAUAUGCUCCUUCCUAUAGAUCACCUGUUUCAUAAUACCUUUCAAGGCACGAGCAUCUGGCCCGAGGGGCCGGGUAACUUGGGUUCUGAAUUCUAG